AUGUCCUUUACAACGGUAAAUGUAAAUCUAUUUCCAGACCCGACGUUCACGCCGCCAACAGUACAACUAUCAAAAAAGAUAUCCCGCAAAACAGAAGUCGGAGACUGGACGUUUGCCAAAAGAGAGUUGAACAAAAGAAAAGGAAACGCCAAUGCGCGCGUUCAGUAUUUUGAGAGACAACUUCAGAAACUUGAAUCGGUGGUUGGUCCAGGUAGUGCAAGUCUAAUGUCUGCUGCUGUAGUGACCUCACGGCGUGAAAAAACCUCUUUCGAGCAUAAAAAGAAGGAUAAUAAAAGGGGGUCAAGUAUAACAGCAACGACAGCAACGACAAGCACAAUAAAGAUUGAGACACAUG